AGUAGCAGAGGCGAAAUCUAGAUAACAAUAUAAUCCAUUCCCUCGCCCAAUCCCCUCAUUCCACGUGUCCAAAAGCAGACUCCUGUCACCGUCACUCUCCCCUCUCACUGAAUAGUCAAGUCUUGAUCUUUCCCUGUUAAAACUCCUUCACCAUUCCUCCAUUUUCCCUCUGUUUCCUUCUCUUCUUUCCCAAUCGACCAAACAGAAAACGCAGAGAUGUGCAACAAGAAAAGCCCUCCUCCAAGUCACGAUCACUCAUUGCAGAGGAAAAGACACGUUAGUCUUCGAAACAAGAAGAAACGAAGAGGAGGAAAACAGUCCCUAAACAACGCCGUUUUAAAGAAACCAGCUCGUAAAGCAAGAACCAAGACGAGGAAGCCCAAGUACCUCAGUCUCAAGCUUCAACUCUCUUCUUCUUCUUCUUCUUCUUCUUCUUCCUCUUCAUCCCCCGCACAAAUACCCGAAAAAAACAUCCAAGGUCCACAAGAAAAGCAGCAGCUUGACCUGUUUCCUCUCCACCCAGAAAACCUCGUGGAAGAGAAAGAAUACUACUACAAAGACAUUAACAACAGUUCCCAAUACGACGCCGUUCCAGCCUACUGCAUCUUCGCUUCCUCCGUUGAUACCACCAUUAACGACUUCCUCGAUUCCACGACCUCCUCAACGACGUCGUACGAGGGCAUACAAGUAACAACAUACGGGGCGACGUACGGAGCGGACCGGCAGCUGGUGCGGGCGGCGAUGAGGGGGAAAGAGAGGCAAGUGAGUGAGGAGGAGAGGUGGGUUUGUUACUCUGAGGUGGUGGCGGAGGACGCGGGAAGUGAUAGAUUAGGAUGUGGCGGCGGUGCAGGGGAGGAUGAUGGGGAGGCGAAUCGGACGUUGGAGAGUAGGAAGAAGUUGGGUUUGGCGUUGAAGCUUGAUUAUGAGGAGAUCAUGAAUGCUUGGUGUGAUAAGGGCCCACUUUACAUUGAUGGAGAGGCCCCACAGACUGUUCCUGAUCUUCAUGGAAAUCCUGCCGUUGAUGCCAAUGUUGUAAUGGAUGGCUAUUGGGGAAACAAUAUAUGGAGGGUGCCUGAAAUGGAAUUGAGGGUAAGUGAAGAAGAGAAGUGGAGAAAAGGACAGAGAGAGGCAAGUGUAUUGAGGUACAAGGAGAAAAGGCAGAGCAGACUCUUCUCGAAGCGGAUUAGAUACGAAGUUCGGAAGCAAAAUGCCGAGAAACGACCUAGAAUAAAGGUAUAUACAUCUUUUUUAUUUAAUUCGUACACAAAAUACUUU